CAAUUGCAUGCAGAGAUACCUGCCAGCCUGCGGGCAAUCCGUACCUUUAAUGCCCGUUCAUAAAAUUUCCAGCCCCCCUUCCAUCCGCGACCUCGAAGCUCGACCCGGUCACCCACGAUUCCAACGGCCACCAAACAGCCUCGAGACCCGCGGCGCCCUCACUCCACCAUCUACAAUCCCUUCCUGCUCCCUGCUGCAGCCCUUCGCAGUCCCGCGCCUCGCCGACUUUUUCCUGGAAACUCAGUCAUUCCGCCGUUCGUUUACUGAAAUCUUCGCCCGUCAUGUCUGAUUACGACCACUUUGGGAGCUCCGAGGAGGAGAGCGCCGAGAUCAAGAAGCUCCAGGCCGAUGUGGUACGUGAACUGCGACACCAACAAUGUCGCACCUGAUAUCAAAAUCAAUUGAAAGAGAUGCUAAUCUGAUUACGCGCCCACAGGAAGUCGAUCCCGAUAACUUCGAAACCUGGGAGAAGCUGGUUCGCGCCUGCGAGGGUCUGGAGGGCGGCCUGAACCGCAACUCCAGCCCCCAGGCCCUUGCCACUCUUCGAGAUGCCUACGAUCGCUUCCUCCUCAAAUUCCCUUUGCUCUUUGGCUACUGGAAGAAGUACGCGGACCUCGAGUUCAACAUUGCUGGACCCGAGUCAGCAGAGAUGGUUAGUCGUUUUCGUGUCGCAUCGCGUCGCAUCGCAUCGCAUUGCAUCCCUUGGCUCCCGGCCGUGACUGACGUUGCGCUUCUUCAUAGGUCUACGAGCGAGGGUGCGCCAGCAUCACCAAUUCUGUCGACUUGUGGACCGACUACUGCUCCUUCAAAAUGGAGACCACACACGUCCCACACCUCGUCAGAGAGUAAGUAGUUGAUGGUCGGCUUUCCUUCCCCCUUAACAUCACCAUCACCACAGCAUGCCUCACCGGCCGCUCGGCGCAUCGAUCGAGCCAUACAUGGACUCUAUCCAUUGCCUUUCAAGUAUCCGUCGGUGAGAAAUGCCAACAGCAGCCCCAUUGUUGGGAUGCCCUCUCACGCUAGUAGUUACCAGGCUCUGCUGAUUUCCACUUGACGAUGACUGAUCCGUUGUCCGCUCCACGUCGCAUUCACACCACCACCACCACAUCGCUCUCAUUGGAAUGCCUUACUUUGGACUUGGAUUCGCUAGUUGAUUUCACUUGAUACCCCUUCCUGUAUAGCACGCCUCCUAUCCCCCUCUUCAUCCCCUGUCCCUGCGCCCUUGGCUGUGUACUGACCAUUCGCUCCAGGCUCUUUGAACGUGGCGCAACCUGUGUCGGCCUUGACUUCCUCGCACACCCGUUCUGGGAUAAGUACAUAGAGUACGAGGAGCGACAGGAGGCCCAAGACAAGAUCUUUGCCAUUCUGUCUCGAGUCAUCCACAUUCCGAUGCACCAAUAUGCUCGUUACUUUGAACGAUUCCGCCAGCUCUCCCACAGCCGCCCCGUCACCGAGCUAGUUCCGGCUGAGACGCUGCAGAGAUUCCAGGCUGAGGUGGAGGCCGAGAGUGCCCAGUAUGCCGGUGCGCAGCGAACGGAGCUCGAGGUUGAACGCGACGUCCGCACCAAGAUUGACGCCAUGUACUAUGAGUACUUUACCCAGACGCAGUCCGAGACCAACAAGCGAUGGACCUACGAAUCCGAAAUGAAGCGCCCUUACUUCCAUGUUACCGAGCUUGAGAGCUCGCAGCUCACCAACUGGCGCAAGUACCUUGAUUUUGAAGAGUCCGAGGGGAACACUACCCGCAUCGUCUUUCUUUAUGAGCGAUGCUUGGUGACAUGCGCUUUCUACGACGAGUUCUGGUUCCGCUACGCCCGCUGGAUGUCUGCACAAGAGGGUAAGGAGGAAGAGGUUAGAAUCAUCUACCAGAGAGCCGCCACUAUGUUUGUACCCAUCAGUCGGCCCGGCAUCAGGCUGCAAUUUGCCUACUUUGAGGAAAGCUGUGGACGUAUCGACAUAGCUCGCGACAUUCAUGCGUCCAUCCUCAUGAAGUUGCCCGACUGUAUUGAGGCCAUCACCUCAUGGGCUCACCUCCAGCGUCGACAGAGCGGGCUGGACGCCGCGGUUGAGGUUUUCAAGGCGCAGAUCGAUUCGCCUCAAGUGGAUAUCUUUACCAAGGCAGCUCUGGUGACCGAGUGGGCCUUGUUCUUAUGGAGGGUCAAGGGCUCAGUGGAAGAAGCUCGCAACGUCUUCCUCAAGAACGUACAGUGGUACGCCGACAGCCGUGUCUUUUGGGACAAGUGGCUCGAGUUCGAGCUUCAGCAGGCGACAAGCACGGAGCUGGAGGAUCAGCACGGCGACCGCAUCAAGCAGAUCUUUGACGAACUCCGGAGCAAGAGCCGUUUAUCCGCCUCGACAAAGAAAGAGCUGUAUCAAAUUUACCUGUCGUACUUACAGCAGCGGGGCGGUAAGGACGCGAUGAAGCAGUUCCUUGCCAUUGACCGGGAGAUCUUUGGGCCGGGCUCGAUCUCACUGCUGGCCAAGGACAAGGUUGGCGGAAAAGAAAACGGAGCUGCUGUGCCUGAGUUGGACGAGGUGACAAGAUACCGAGCCGAAGCCAGGUAUCUGAGAUACUACGAGCUCCAGGGCGAGCCGGACCUCGAGGGACAGGCCACAGCGCCGUUCAACUAAGCGGACAUGACACCAUUCAUCGUGAUGUUUGCUUUAAUGCUCCAGGAGUUCCCGGUCCCUUGGGUAUUUUUACCAAUCAAUCUUCUUGUACUAUAUGAGUCGAUUUGACGACAGAUGAUGUGCGGAUGGCCGGCUGCGGGGAAAUUGUAUUGUAUCCAGUGUUAUGAAGGUGGUCUACAUAGAGACCGGCGACGGCCCAAACAGAUAGACCAUGACUGUUGGGGGAAGAGAGGGUUCGCUGAAGGCGCCAACUAGGUCGAUGUUGUAGCUUUUGAGCACUACGAAACGCAUCAUCACAGCAGAAAUAAUAGCUCAUCAAACGAAC